CCCGUUAAUAUUUUUUUUUAAAGAUCACACUUUUAAUACACCCUCCAAGAAGUGGUCGCUCCCAGAACAGUUUCACUACCUCUCAACGUGUGACACGUGACAUCCGCCCCGCGAAAUCCCAGGCCCAUUCAUCAUGCGAUGAUCGUGAUCCGAUCAUGUGAUGCCUUCGUGCUCAAUGCGUGCUAAUGAUAAACUCGUACACGAGCGAGCCAACUCGUACACAUGUGUCGACUCGUCGAUCGUAGUCAGCUUGCCCAUGACGAGUUGGUCCGGACACGUGUGACGAUAACACGAUGCGGUCGGUGUGUGUACAUGUACUGUACACGUACUAUGUGCGCAUGCAUGUCGGCCAUUUACUGCUGGUUGUUGUGUGGUGGUGACUUAAUACGUCGUACAUGUACAAAAUAAGUCCUAAUCCAGAAUUACACUGCCAAUUCUAAUUCUCUAGGCCGAAAGUAAUUGGCCUAAAUUAGUACUAUCAAAAUGAGCGACAAUUCUCAGGAUAAUACGUCAAGGAAAAGGAGAGGACCUUAUGCGUUUUCUCUUUUGAAAGGGAACAUGUCUGGAGAUGACAGGUCAACGCCAAGAGUAACAAAAUGGCGUAUGAACUCCCGAUGCGGCAGGGAGCUAACAAGCCUACCUCCAUGGUCAGAAAACAACAUGGAUAACUCGUCGAGUGGCAGUGGAUCUACAACGUUACAUCCUCAAAAUGUUGGAGCAAUAGGGCUCACGUUAGGGCCAGAUCAUCAAUCAAGAAAUGACAGUGCCCCACCAGCAGUACCACGACCAGCAGGACAUCUGGAACCACAUCCUCCCUCCUCGGCCAGCACCAGCAGGGACAUGACUACGGAGUCUGAGACUGACAAUGACAGUGGUUGGCAGUAUGCACCAAAACAAAGUGGAGAAGAUCAGGACACACGGUAUGAGUCUGACGAUACGGCUGAUGAACAAGAUGAAUGGUAUGAUGCUAUCAAUAGUAUUGGACCUGAUGAAUGGAACAAUGACACUGACAAUUUGGUUGAUAAUUCUUCAGAACAUGGUGCCUCUACUCAGACUACUGGGGAUGAAAGUACAGGUUCAGAUGAUGAUUGUUUAUUGUAUCCAGGUGCACCGAUCACAGUGGCAGAAAGCAUGCUGCUCAUACUUGCCCUUGUUCUAAGACACAGUUUGACUGGCAGCUGCCUAGUUGAUAUAUUAACCCUUGUAUCUGUCCACUGUCAGCAGCCAAACUUAUGUAAAACCUCACUCCAUCUCUUUCACAAGUAUUUUUCAAACUUGUCUAUGCAACUUAAAUUUCACAAGUUUUGUGGUAAUUGUUAUUUUGUUAUUGAAAAGUUCUCAGAUAAAUGUCCGAACUGCAGCACUAUACUUUCUAAUGAUACAAAAUCAAUAUGUCAUUUUAUUGAAAUUCCACUGUUAACACAGCUUGAAGCUCUUUUUAAACAACAAGGUUUUUGUGAAGGGAUUAAGCACAGAUUUAACAGAAAGAAGAAAGUUCAUGGUAAUAUAGAGGAUAUUUAUGAUGGUAAUAUUUACAAAGGAUUCUCAUCUCCAGGUAGUUUCCUUGAUGAUAAACAUAAUAUAUCAUUUAUGUGGUACACUGAUGGCAUUCCGCUUUUUAAAUCUUCUCGUUUUGGUAUAUGGCCUCUAUAUUUUGCAAUUAAUGAAUUACCGCCCAAAAAACGAAUGCUGAAAGAAAAUAUGUUGAUAGCAGGUAUUUGGUAUGGUGAGUCAAAACCAUGCAUGGGCACUUUCCUGAAACCAUUUCAUUCUUCUCUGAAGCAAAUUUAUGAUGGAAUUGUUGUAGAUACUUACGACAAUGAACAAAUUAACGUUCAUGGUAUUCUCUUAUGUGGUACAUGUGAUAUGCCUGCAAAGUGUAUAGUUCUAAAUAUGACCCAGUUUAAUGGUUUACAUGGUUGUCCCAGAUGUACACAACCGGGGGAGGUUAUAAAUGUGGGUAGGGGGCAUGCUAGAGUAUUUCCUGUUGAUGUUAAUGAUUUUGAUGGCCCCAAAAGAACACAUAAACAGACGGUGAAUGCAGCAAAAGAAGCUUUUCAAAGUAAAAAAAAAGUUGUAGGCAUUAAAGGACCCUCAUGGUUUUUAAAUCAAAUGCCUGACAUAAUACGUGGGACUGCAAUAGACUGGAUGCAUCAGGUUUUAUUAGGAAUAGUUAGAAGAUUUUUAUUUUUGUGGCUUGAUCGAAGUCAAUCAACUGAACCAUAUUCUAUUUCCAAUCUUGUUGAUACAGUUGAUUCUCGACUAAGCAAAAUUAAACCACCAAAUUUUAUUUCAAGAGUGCCAAGAAGUAUAAAAGAGCACAGUAAAUAUUGGAAAGCAUCGGAAUGUAGGUCCUGGUUAUUGUAUUAUUCAUUGCCAGUGUUGCAUGGUUUAUUGGCAGAUAUCUAUUUCCAACAUUAUUUACUGUUAGUUGAAGCUAUUUACUUAUUGAAUGGAGAUUCAAUCUCAUUGGAUACUAUCAAUCACUGUGAACAAGUGCUUAGACAUUUUUGUAUGAUGCAUGGGACUCUUUACUCACCUAAACAGAUGACAUCAAAUAUACAUCAAUUAUUACAUUUAUGUGAUGUCGUUCGGGACCUAGGACCUUUGUGGGUUUAUUCAUGUUUUACCUUUGAAUCACUGAAUGGUGAGUUACUGCCACUUUUUCAUGGUACUCAAAAAGUUGAUGUACAAAUAGCAAAUAACAUCUGUACAUUGUUGAAAUUGCCGUUUUUAGCACAACAACUCGUGGUUGGGACACCUGUUGAAAAAUUUUAUAAGUCCAUGAAAAACAAGGCAUCACAUUGGAAUACAGGUGAAAGAAUAUGUGAUGGUUUUCACACACUCGGAACAUUUAAACAGCACUGUUUGAACCGAAAAGAGAAGGAUUCAUUAAGACUAUUGUUGGGUUCUUUCAAUUUCAGAAUUCUACAUAAAGGUUUUGUAUUAUCUCGAAUUUUAAAACAUAGCACAGUCAUAUGUUCAAAACAGUUCACUCUACCACGCUGUAGGAAUUCCUUUACAGUGUGUUUUACGCACAAUGGUGAAGAGCAUUAUGGCCAAGUGAUAAAAUAUGUUAAAUUUCCUUCAGAUUGCACAUGUGACAAUAUCUGCUCAUGUACAUGUACUAUGUAUAUUGCUUUUAUCGAAAUGUUCAAAGUAUUAUCUUACAAAAUGUCUACGGAUGAUAUUACUUCUGCUGCUGUAGAGCACAUCGUCCCAUGUGAAAGGAAUGGGACAAUACUUGUAGCAGUACCAGUUGAAGCCAUUUGUAGCUUGUGUGUUUUUAUGGACUUUGAAAAUAAUGAUACAUUAUACCUAUCGAAAUGUCCUAAUACUAUUGAAGGUGAUUAACUUUGUCUACUUCUGCAAAGUGUGCAAGUGGAGUAUAUUGUUGAAAAGUGUAAUACUUUUGUGGAAUUUUCACUACCACCACCAGCAUAUACAUGUAUUGGAAUGUUUGAAUGACAAAUUAUACAGAAGACUGGUCAAUUAAGCUCUACCUCUUAAUAAAUUAACCGAAUGCAAAUGCAGGCCCCAGAAGUCUGGCUCAUUAAAAUCAUUUUACAAGGCGCCGCUUUAAUUGCUGUGUUCAUCAAGCUGCAUGUGACGUACAUUACCCACAUUCAUGUAGAUGCUGUUGAUUGAGUGGGCGGGGCUUAAUAGAUCAAUCUGUAUUGUAAAACAGAAAUGUUUUUAAACUUCCUGCAGUCAGUACAAGUUUUGGACUGUGUUCUUUAUGUCAUGUAAAAACUGAAAUAAAAAAUAACUUAUUCUGAAAAAUUUUCACCAGGAGAUGUUUUGUUAUUAGUCCAUUUGUCACACUGCCUAUAAUUGUUUGACAAAUUGAACAUGCAUACAUGUAGAUGCAUGCUCUCAUACUGAUGGGGGACAAGUUCUACACAUACUGACAUAUCAUAUAUAUUUUGACAAGCUUGCCAACCAAUUGAUAAUAGCUUGCAUGAUGCUUGGUAGCGACUGCUUGGCAAGCUUGCGGCAACCUUGCCAAUAGCUUUGCAUGCUUGCGGCGACAUGCUUUUAGCUUGGCAAGCUUGCGAAAACCUUGCAAAUUGC